AUGAAGAUGGCGACAACAGCUGUGCAGGAUAACAUAAAAUUUUUUUCCAAUUUUUCUGCUUGCCCCAUAAAAAUAUGUUUUCCAAUUUUUUUUCGGGUUGUGCUUGAAUUGAUUCGUGAUGCGUGUGCAAAAUCGACUCUUUCGAAGCGAUGUAAUUUGGUGGCUGUUUCGAAAACGAAACCUGCUGAACUCGUUGCUGCAUGCUAUGAAAUUGGUCAGAGACACUUUGGAGAGAAUUAUGUGCAGGAGCUAGAGGAGAAGUCUCACACUCUCCAAGAUAGCUGUCCCGAGAUCAAAUGGCAUUACAUCGGGAAGGUUCAGUCCAAUAAGAUAGGAAAAAUAUGUUCAUCUCCCUCACUGUACUGCGUUGAAACUAUUGAGAGUCAGAAACAUUGCGACAUGUUUAAUAAAGAAAUGGAGAAGAGGAAAGGUGUAUUGGAUGUAUUUGUUCAGGUGAACACAAGUCAUGAAGAUCAGAAGGGAGGGUUAUCCUUGGAUGAUGCUCCCGAUUUGGCGUGCUAUAUCACUGAUAACUGUCCGCACCUACGUUUC